AUGAAUCCAACACUGAGCACCAGAAGGAAACAAUAUGAGAAAGACUUUCCACUUCAUACACAUGUGCCCACAGAGAAUCCCACCUUUGAUCUCAACGAUGGAUUCAGAGACCGUUAUGUAAAAAGAGAUGAAAGUGUGGACGAGAAGCUGGAUCAAAUCCUGAAGUGGAUUAUUUCUAACAGGACUGAUUUCACUCUGGAUGUGGACUUUGUGACGCUGCGGGGGCAUCUGACCAAACUGCACACUACUCCUUAUGAAGAUAAAGAAGGCUGGAUGUUCGCUGUGACCAAGUUUAGGGGAACAAUUUACAUCAACAAAGUAGAGACGAACGAGACUCGCAGGAAGCAUGCCAAGAUCGUUGAACAGUGUAGUAAAGUUAUUUACAGGGGAUUCAAGUUUGAGCAGUACGUGUGUGCAGAUAACAUUGAGGGUUCACCUGACCCCAGUGGAGUGGUUAAUACUAAUGAAGCAUAUUACACAGUGAUGAGAACUCAAUUCGCCAAACACAAACUCCUGUUCUCUGGUGAAGUGGACUGCCGCGUGAGAGAGCCCAAAGAUCCCCCGUCCUGCUACGUCGAGCUCAAAACAUCAGCUGAAAUCUGCACUCCAAAACAACGCACCAACUUCCACAAGUUCAAGUUGUUAAAGUGGUGGGCGCAGUCGUUUAUGCCCGGUGUGCCUCAAGUUGUUGCAGGCUUUCGGGAUCGGGAUGGUAUUGUUGUUAAAGUGGAGACUUUCCAGACUGCUGAAAUGUCACAACUGGCAAUUUUAGAAAGUGAUGACGAAAUUGAAGAAUCGUCUCAAACCAUUGUGGAUGGGGCAGGAGUAAGUCCUUCAAUUCUGGCCCAAAGUGGCACUAAUAACUACACGGUUUUGGACCAAAGUACAGCUAAUGCUAUUAAGGAACUUCCAAGUCUUCUUCUGCAAAUAAAAAACACUCUGGCAGCAAUAACAUACAAUUCUACAAGCACUCCCUGUCCCUCUGUAAGCUCUGAUGAUGGACACAUUGUGACACAAACACAAAUGAUUGCGCUGGGUGGAUCAGAUGUUCAAGUUGAAAAAAAAACUUUAUGA